UGAGGAAAUAAAUGAAAUGUUUUUAAGUGGCAGCACAAUAAUAAUGAGUAGGAUUCACCCACAAACAGAAAAGGUCGGUGCUAUGGACUGAUGGGAAAGUAUGAUGAGGACGAACCCAAUCGUCGUGUUUAUGGCAUUUGGUACAAAAGGCGACGUUUAUCCCAUUGCUGCUAUUGCUGCAGCUUUCGCUUCCGAUCAAAAGCAGUAUCAGGUCGCAUUCGUAACUCAUUCCGCGCACCAGAACCUGAAAGUUCACUUGGGAGCAAAGCGAAUUUCAUACUUCCCAAUUUCUUCACCACCUGUUUUGUCUUUCCAUCAAGACCAUGAUCCUGGAGGUCCUGUCGAUACGUCUUUUCUUCUACAAAAGAAAGAGAUUACAAGAAAACACAAACAAGAAUGUGUUUCAGUCGUUGAAAGGAUAUACGGAGAAGACCCAGUAAUGGAUGGUGAUCUUAUCGUCAUAAAUUUCUUUGCCCUGGAAGGUUGGAGUCUUGCAGAACUUUUUUGUGUCCGAUGUGUUGUUGCUGCUCCUUAUGUUGUUCCAUACAGUGCACCCACUUCUUUUGAACGCCAGUUUAGGACCGAACUUCCUCUUCUAUACAAAUAUCUUCGAGAAGCUCCGACUGGUAAGAUUGGGUGGGAAGAUGUCAUGCAUUGGAUGUGGCCACUUUUCACUGAAGAUUGGGGGAAGUGGAGAAGCCUGGAUCUGAAGUUAAGCUUCUUGCCUUUUACGGUAGAUCCUGUAACUGACCUACCAACAUGGCAUGAUAGACCUUCAUCUCCUCUGCUACUGUACGGCUUUAGUCAAGAAGUUGUUGAAUGCCCUGGUUACUGGCCAUCUGCAGUUCGGGUUUGUGGCUUUUGGACUCUCCCUGCUGAAUGGCAGUUCUCUUGUGCCAGAUGUGCAGAAAUCUCAUCUUUGAUUUCCUGUAGGCAAUUGAAUGAUGGAGAAAAUUGGUGUCCGAGUCAUGCAAAAUUAAAGUCUUUCCUGGAUUCUUCAGUAGGGCAUCUUAUUUUCAUAAGUCUUAGUUCUGUUGGUAGCAUGGGUUACUUCCGAAGUCCUCAAAUUUUCUUACGGGUCCUUAGGAAUCUUCUAUGUAUUUCAAGUCAUAGAAUCAUUUUGUUCUCAGCUGGCUAUGGACCUUUAGAUAUUGCAAUCAAAUUACUUGCUCAGACACCACCAUCAGCCUCAGAGCAAAUGCAAUCUAGUGAAAUCCAGAUCAGCCUAUUUGACGGCCGACUAUUUUGCUUUUCCGGUGAAAUACCAUACAACUUGCUAUUUCCCAAAUGUGCUGCUGUUAUCCAUCAUGGUGGAAGUGGGACAACCGCUGCUGCUCUGCAUGCUGGAGUUCCUCAGGUUAUCUGCCCGUUUAUUCUAGAUCAAUUUUAUUGGGCGGAGAGAAUGUUUUGGCUUGGUGUUGCCUCGGAGCCCCUGAACGCUACUUGCGUGCUCCCGGAUAAAGACGAUGAUAACUGCAUAUUAGGAGCUGCGAAUGUGCUCGUUCAGGCAAUGAACAAUGCAUUGUCUCCUCAAGUCAAAUCGCGCGCAAAAGAGAUUGCUGAUAGAAUUUCCACUGAGGAUGGUGUUUCGACAGCUUUGCGAAUAAUUAAAGAAGAAAUUAUCGGUGCAAAAUGAUGCCGCCUUUAGUUUUGUAGCUUAAUUUCUGUAGAUUAAGGUGGGUUUCUGCAUAUAUUGUAUGUGACCAUAUUAUAGUGAUAUGCCGUGUAACUCAAUUUCGUUUUAAUGUUUUAUUUUUGUAUUCAUGAACCUAACAAAAAAGUUACAAACAGGAUGAUAAUUUAUCAUGAGACAUUUUGGUGGUUGCCUA